CUUUUUCAGAAUCGAAUAAACUUUCAGCCAGACUGGCAGUUAUCUGCAACCCCAAAACUUUCGGUAAAGUUGUCAGAGAUGGGAAAUACAGGUGGAAAGGAAAGAGAAAAUCAGUUGGCAGAGAAAGGUCUAACACAUAGACAAGAUGAGACAACACAGUUGGAAGAAAACAAAACUGAAGCUGGUUUUAUACCAGGACAUCAUGAAGCCGAGAUCUGCUAUGGAGGUGAAGCUGACUUACACAAGCACUAUACCGGCUGUAAGAAGAAUCCAGGUCAUAUUAACUUUAUACCUGUUAAUGAUUUUAACUUGGAUCAUCUCCCCUCACGUUACCGUGACGUCAUCAUGUUGGAGGUAAUCAAAGCUUUGUCUGCCCUAACGGUCCUGAUAAAGGUCAAGUACACCAGUCUAGAGAGACCUAAGUCUGUUCCAUGCUUCAGUGGUCAGUAUCCAUUUUAUAACACCAGAGGAAGUGACGUGUUGAGGACAGGGACAGGGAGGGUGAGUCGUGUGGUCAAGUACACAGAGAGUGACAACAAGGGCACUUGUCCAUGUGGCAAGUGUCAACACUCGGACACACCCAGCAAAGUGUGGGGGGAGGUUUGGGUGUGGACAGCCACACACGUGGUGUUUGAUGAGAGUGAGGCGAGACAGACCAGGUGUGUUGUAGGUUUUGAUGACAAUAAAAGUCCUGGGGUCAGUCUUGAUGGCUGGGGGGUGAGGGAGGCAGACAUUGAGGGAGACAGGUGUAGGUUUACAUGUGUGUCAUGUGACUUAGAGUUGCUUGAUGAACUGGACAAGAUGUAUCAGCACUUUGAUGGUCUAUGUAGGAAAGUAAGGGACAAAUACUGGAGAUUUGGUUAUGUGGACAAGUUGACCGUUAUAGUGUCACAUCCUCAUGGCUGUCCUAAACAGGUCUCUGUAGGACAAUGGACACACGUACAUAAGAGGGAAGUUUGGUCCAAGUACACGUACACAACAUGUACAUGUCCAGGCUCCAGUGGAGCGUUUGUCUACAUGACGGGAUAUGACGAGUGGUUGAGGACACGUCCCCACAGUGGAUCAAACUCUGUUGAAAAUUAUAGUGGGGAGGGUUUCUAUUGA